AUACCCCGUUUUAUUCGGUUUAAAGCUCUUCCAUCGAACGGUCGUGCCUCUGUGCCUUGCUCUACGGUCUGUCGCAUUGAUCGCUCGCCCCGUACGCCGCCAGGUAUCGGUACCGACCCGAGUCGUUUCAUUCGGGCAACUCCAGUGUCGUACGCAAAGCGCGCACACGCAAAAAAGCGGAGGUCCGACGGUACCGUUCUCGUAGUCACGUCACCCUCCCCUUCCUAGAUCAGCCGACACGAUCACCGUUUGUAGCUCUCUGCUCUGCUCUGCUCUCCACAGCCUGAACGGAGAGGAUUGCCCGUAUGCAUGUCUUAUAGAUAAGAUAUCCAGCAACAAAGUAGUAGGAAGUAAGGAAGGAAGACUCACUGCCAUACCCCCCAGCGCCACCCCCACAAAACAGAAACAAAUACAAAAAUGGAGCGCUCGUCAGCUCUGUCCGCCCUGAUGGCCCUGCUCCUGUUUGUGGCCGCUGCAGCCACGCCCACACCUGCCGCCCACUGUCCCGAGGACUGCAGCUGCACUCUGUCCCAGCACACCCACAAGCCGCUGUACCAUCUCAAGUGCAACAGCACCAAGGGCCUGCUGCUGGCCGAGGAGCCGAUCGUCUCGUCGACACCCAUGCAUUCCAUCGACCUGUCCUUCCUGGGGCUGACCCGCUUCGGCCAUGUGCUGGACAAGCUGCCGGACCUCACGUCCGUCGAUCUGUCGCACAACGAACUCCACGAGCUCGGCCACCUGAGUAAGCGCAUCAAGAAGCUCAACCUGAAGCACAACCGCCUGACCUCCGCCAAGCUGGUGAAGCUGCCACAGCACCUGCAGGUUCUCAAUCUGCAGCACAACGACAUCACCAACCUGCCCAUCGAAAUCACCCACCUGCACCACCUGCAGCAGCUGGAGAUCGGCCACAAUGACAUCAACUGCUCGUGCCAGACCCUGGAGGUGCGAAACUGGCUGCAGGAGCGCCACGUGUACAUGGAGCAUCCAGUGGUCUGCAGCCACCCGGCGGAGGUGAAGGGAAAGUCCUGGUUGCAGCUGAAGCAGUCGGACAUCUGCCAGAAGGAGGUGAGCGGAUGGUUCACGCCGGAGGCCAACGAGAACGAGCUGAUGAUGGGUGACCAGCCGGCCGCUGCCUCGGGGGAGCACGAAGAGGAGGACGAGGAGUUGGGCAAGGAUUUCCUGCCCUUUGAUGGAAAGACUAAGACCCAGGGCAAGUCCAAGAAGGUGGCUCGAUCCCCCCAGGAGCCGCUGCCCGGUGACGAAGUCGAAGGCUCCGGCGAUCUGAGCGAGACCAACAUGGAACUGACCCUGGCCGAGGAGCCUGCCGUGGCCGUACCUCUGGUCGACACCACCGUCGAGCCAAUUGUGGAGCACAUUGUGAACGACGAGGAGGAUGAGGAAGAGGACAACGAGGGCUCCGGCAGUGGUGGAGGAAUUCUCAUUAUGCCAGCCAUCGCCAGCAUCCCCAUCAGCUCGGACGACAUCGACGAUGCCGACAAUAGCGAUAACGAUAUCGACAAACGACCGAUGGAGACCCCCGUCACUCCGGACAUCUUCAAGAACUCGGGCAUCGGCAUAUUUGAGGGGUCGGAGGGCGAGCCCGCGCCCGUGCCCGUGCAGGAGGAUGAGAUUGUGCCGGUAGUACAGACCAAACUGGACGCGACGGAUGUGGUCACUGACGGACCCAUCGACGCCGACGUGCCGAAAGGGGAAAUUCAGACUGCCAAAGUGCAGGACGACAGCAACGCCAUCUACUACCUGCUGGCCGUGAUCGGCCUGGUGGUGGUUGGCCUGAUCCUCUUCGUGGCCAUCAAGCGCUGCAAGUACGACAGCAAUGCAGCUGCCCGCGACGCAGAGGCUCAGCGCCAGACGGAGCUCCUCGACAUGGACAAGAAGAACCUGGGCAAGCCCCUGACCAAGAACGGGCAUGGCCUCGAGCACUCGCCGCUCAUCGGCGAGAAGACCAAGCUGGACGAGGCCCAGAUAGUCAAUGGCUCGAAGAAGCCCUACGACAGCAGCGACGCCAAGGACGGAGCCAACCAACAGCCGCUACUCAACGGCAACGGAUCGGCCAAUGGGGCCGCCAAGGAGGUGCCCAGCAUCAAUGAGCCUGCCGCACACGAGUACUACCCCAUCACACCCCGCUACCCCACGCCCCAGUCACCGCGCGCCUCCAAGUACGCCCAGCAUCCGCAGGGCAGCAGCGGAUCCCCCGAUGAGCAGAACAACAACGAGCCGGACAGCGCCUACCUGCCGUCGUCACCCAAAUCGGGCCGCUACUCGCCCGUCUACUCGCCCGAAACGGGUCGCGUGAAGAUCAAGCUGACGGAGACGCCCAAGCCCAAGACCCCCAUGCUGGUCACUCGCAGCAAGUCCAAUGCCGGCGACAUCAUCACAACCCCCGUGCGACCCGUCGUACCCACACAUCAGGUGCAGCUUACUGUCAACGGCAACGGCAACGGUGUGGGACACUGAGGGUGGGUGGUUCCGCGUAGAGCCAGAGCCAGCCAUCGACUCUCGACACAGCCCUACUACGUACCACAGAUUUACUUCCUUCUGCCGGACUCGAGCUGGAGCUGGAGUGGCACCGAUACUCGACUCGUACCGAGCUGCCAGUGGCACGGAGCGGUGCUUUCACCACUAACCAACCAUCUUAUGCUUCAGACAACAACAGAAAAACUAUUCGAUUUAAGGCCCCGCUCCCCUCUUAAAUGUAACCAGAAGAAGUAGUGCUAGCCAUAAGUAAAUUAAUUAAUUAAUUAAUUAAGCAUAAAUCUAGUUUAAUACCAAAGUUAAACGAUAUAUAUUUAAUGUAAAUUGCUACCUAAAAGCGAGAUCAGAUCUACGGAAAAAGAACAUCUUCGAAACGAAACGCUUUCGACUGGCGCACCCCUGCAUCAGCAUCGGCAUCGGCAUCAGCAUGUGAUGUACACACACCCAUAUACUGUACUUUUAUAUCUACAAAACAAACCCUAUAUUGUGUAAAAUACUUAAGCUUCAUUCUCUUGUGAAAUUAUAAUGUGUUAAUUCAUUAAAUGUGAGCGACUCUUCAAUUCAAA